ACUCAGAGAGAAUGCUGCGCUGGAUGGCGGACAAAUUCAACCAUGGCUAGAUGGUUUGCGACCAUCAGAUCUGCAAUUUGUGCAUUCCGGUCGAUGAGUGCAGCCUACGAACAUUUAGGGAUGGCCACAACAUGGCAGAAAAUCCAACUGUUCUACCAAGGGGUGUUAGAUAAUGGAGACAAAAGAACCGACAGCUGGUUGCUGGUGUACUCACCUGUGCCAAUCACUUGCAUCUUCCUGUGCUACCUGCUCCUCAUAUGGGUGGUCCCCAAGCUGAUGGCUCAGAGACAGCCAGUCAACCUCAAGCCUGUGCUCAUCAUUUACAACUUUGCUAUGGUCUGCCUGUCUGCCUACAUGUUCUAUGAGUUCACAGCGUCAUCCUGGUUGGCAAACUAUAGUAUAUUAUGUCAGCCUGUGGACUACAACACCAGCCCACUGGCAAUGCGGAUGGCCAAGGUCUGCUGGUGGUUCUACUUCUCCAAAGUCAUCGAGCUCAGUGAUACUCUUUUCUUCAUCCUGAGGAAGAAGAACAGUCAGCUGACGUUCCUGCAUGUCUACCACCACGGCACCAUGAUCUUCAACUGGUGGGCUGGGGUCAAAUACGUGGCAGGAGGCCAGUCUUUCCUUAUAGGCCUUAUCAACUCAUUGGUGCACGUGGUGAUGUAUCUAUACUAUGGGCUGGCAGCACUGGGGCCGCACAUGCAGCAGUAUCUGUGGUGGAAGCGCUACCUCACCUCCCUGCAGCUGCUCCAGUUCUUCAUAGUGACCAUCCACACCAGCUACAACCUGUUCACUGACUGCGACUUCCCAGACUCCAUGAACACGGUGGUGUUUGUCUACUCCCUCAGCCUCAUCGUACUCUUCAGAAACUUCUACUAUCAGAGCUACCUCACCAAGAAGAGCAAACAGACAUGAGACACGGAUGUAGAGGCAAUUGUUACUUAUUUUAUUAAAAUUGAUCAUGUAUGUUUUUAAAAUAUUUAUUGACCUAUUUAUUGACCCAUCAUGUUUAAGUAAAGCAGGUCUCUAUCCGCUGGACAUAAGCCUCUGUUUGUUUCUGUUUCAGCCUCCCCUCCAACCAUUAGGGUAACACACACACACACUCAGAGAGAGCUAGCCCUCUCCCAUUCCCUCCCAUCCCCCCUUAGGUCAUUAGGGAUGAAGUCCCAGCCACGCUCUGGCGACUCUGCCAAAUUGAAAUAAACCUGAGCAGGCCUCCUGCUCUUCACUCCACUUAUUUAUCUAAUCUCUCUCUGUGACACUUCAUUUGUCUUCAGAGUCAUUGGCUGAGAGGUUAGCCAAUCGCAAGUCAGCUGGCAGUCUAAAACCGCACCCUGUGCCCCUCCUACUCUCCCUCUCUGACUCUGUUCUGUGAGUCCCAAUAACUCAACUAGGUGAACCGAACAAGUGUGCUCGCAUAUUCCCUUAGAAGACUUUUGCUUGAAAAAAAAAAAGUUGCAAUAGCACUGUUUGUCCACCUUGAGAUGCCGUACCCAGUAUACACUUCCUCAAAAUAGUCAGAAUUAAUCUAAAAUAACUAAAAAAAUCUGCCAUUCACUUAGAAGUUUUUCAUUUAGAAGUCGCUAAGAUGUUUGGUGCAAUAUUUCUCAAGUGAACUAUUUUUUGCAUGAAAACAAAUCGUCUAUCGUUGUGAAUGACAACAAACACUUGAAGAAUCCCUACUGUUGACCAAUGAGGCGUAGACUUCAGCUACCGAAAUACUGCUUGCCUCAAUAAUUUUUUUAGUUCUUAUGAACAGCCAAAAAAACCUCGCUAAAGAACAAAAUGAACAAAAACGUCACAAAACUGCUUCGGAUGGGAAGCCUACAGACGCCUUUAGCUGAUCCUGUUUCCAAUGUCUAUGUGAACCAUUCAAGUGAGGAUAACUCUGAGGGGGUUUCCAUCUUAUGUCACUACUUUAUCACUUGUGAACAUGUUAGGGUUGAACUGGCUAUUUGUAUGCAUAACUUAUAUAAUAUACCGGGGAAGCUAUGCUACAAUAUUAAGUU